GGAGUGCGCUGGGCGCAUGCGUCUUGAGAAGCGGGCCGGGGAGACAUGGAGACCUGUUUGGCGGCCGCGGCGCUGAACGGGGUGGACCGGCGUUCCCUGCAGCGCUCGGCUAGGCUGGGGCGGGAAGUGCUGGAGCGCGCCAGGAGGAGGGCGGUGGACUGGCACUCGCUGGAGCGUCCCAGAGGCAGCCUGGGGGUCCUUUCCCGGGAGGUGCCCUGCCAAGAAAGACGGCCGGCCGCCGGCCCCCAGCGCCUCCUUCCGGGAGAGAGAGAAGAGAGACACCCAACCCUUAGCGCUUCCUUCAGAACAAUGGCUGAAUUCAUGGACUAUGCCUCAAGUCAGUGUGGGAGAUAUUAUUCUUCUGUGCCAGAGGCAGGAGGGGCAGCCCACGUCUAUCGUUAUCACAGAGGGAAGUCGAAGCUGCACAUAUGCACAGGCAUGGGGAAUGGUCAGAGAAAAGACAGAGAAAAGACAUCCCUUUGUACUGAAGACGUCCCUCAGAUGUCAGAGCCUGCCCCAGAGACCUCCCAACUUCCCGAGACCAUCUUUAAGGACCUCUACAUAGAAGUAUAUCCAGGGACCUAUUCUGUCACUGUGGGCUCAAAUAACUUAACAAAGACUCAUGUGGUAGCAGUUGAUUCUGGACAGAGUGUGGACUUGGUCUUCCCUGUGUGAUGUUGACCAUCACUGUCAUCACAUCACCUUUUUUAAGUAGCAAGAAGAAUAAAACCACUGUAUGAUUCUCUUAAUACUUUUACAUUAAUGCUGCUUUCAGUGCUUGUGUCAGCCUCUCUGGGAACUGGAGUCUAUCUCUUUCAGUGCCUACUUUAACUUGAGAGUGAAGAAGUCCCCCAUCCUCAUUUGCCCGGAAGUAAUAAUUUUAAUGUUGCUGGUUUUUUACUGCUUGCUUUCCAAGUAAAGGUUAAUAAUGGUAAUAAAGGGAGAGAUUUGAAAACAA